CCACCAUCACAAUGUCCCUCCCGCCGCAGUACGCCAUACCCCGGCGGGGGGAGAGGUCAGACACGGCGUCGCCUCAACCGCCGCCCGUACCGCCGAAACACCAGCACCACCAGCCGGGCGGGCCGCGCGCGCCGGCGCCGGUACAGUCGUCACGAAGUCUCACCUUCUCGCCGGCCCCCGAGCCCCACGCAGCGCCAGUGUACAGCUUCAUCCUGCCCCCGCCCGCGAACGCCGGGUGGACGCCUUCGCCUUUCCCUUCUCCAGCACCGCAGAGCCCGCUGCAUGGCUUGGCUAACUCGGCGUACUCCGCCUCUACGGGGUACGCUAGCCCGCGGGAUCGGCACGGGCGAUCGUCGACGCCGACGCCGGCGCCAGCACCACGGCCGGCUGGAAGGGAUGUGUUCAGCUGUAACUCCCCACCAUCGCCGACAGCAGCGAGCCCACCGCCUGUGCCGCCGCCUCCCGCUCGCCCGCCGUCGUCGACAUCGUCGACGCAUAGCGCCGACGCGCGCCACACGACUCCGAGGAAACGCUUCGUUGUUAAAGGCGCGCGACCUUCCUCGCCGCGCACCGCCAUCUCGUCGCCUGCCCGAAGAGAUGCACGGCGUGUCCGUGAGCGAACGGCUCCGCGUGCCGAGCGCCCAGGGCUGUCGACGACACUCGAGUAUGUGCUUGCUCCGCUGCGGCUGCUCCUGGCCCCGCUGCAGGCAGUGCUGAGUCCCGUGCUGUGGCAUGUCGUCAACCUCGCCAUCCUGAUCACCGUCGCCGCUGCUCUACUUUACAUCGCCGUAUCGUAUGUGCGCAACGCGAUAUUUUCUGUCUUCUCGUCUGCUGGCGACGCAUCGUUGCCGACAACGGUGGCACUCCUGCCUCUCCGGCUGGUCGCCACCCCCGCCUGCCUCCUCACCAACGUCCUGUGCCCUCUCUCGCUCCUCAGCACGGGCAUCACGCCCAACGCGACAGCCAAGCCGUUCUGGAGACUCUUCUCCCAGCCGAUCGAGGUUGACGUCGCCGCUGUCUCACGCGAGCUGAGCAAGGAGGUGCGCAACGCCAAAGAUAUCUUCGACAGCCUGCAGGCGCUAGGUGACGGGCGAAUGACGGAAGGCCUGGGCCAUGUCAAGAUUCACGAGCUCGGUAUCGCGAUCCAGACGGGGUCGACGUUGAGUGAUCGGCUGAUUAUCGGCCAGGAGCUGAUUGACCUCGCCGACCUCGCGAGUGAGAUCACUGACGAAGUUGUUAUGAUCAACACGAUGUCCGUUUCCAUCUUCAGCUGGCUGUUCUGGGAGCAGUUCUCCCACCUGAGCCAGCUCCUCGCCCUGCCUCCCAAAGACCGGCCCAGCCCAGCCGUCCUCUCGUCUCGCCUCGACUCGCUCAUCAACCGCCUCGACAAGGACCUCGACCGCCUAUUCAUGAAGGUCGCGGCGGCAAUACCCAUCGCGACACAGGGCACCGAGAUGGGCUGGCAGCUGCUGCACCAUCUAUCAGGCAUCAAGUCGGACCUCACGGCCGAGCGGGACAGAUACCCCGGCUGGCAGAAAGCCCUCGACAUCGCGAGCCACUUCUUCACCGGCGGCGACCCAUCCAAGCUCACGCGCAUCUCGCGUGACCUAGAGCUGACGCGCACGACGAUCGCGGGCAUCGACGAGACGCGGUCCGGCCUUGAGCGCGUGCGCAUCGACCUCAUCGCGUUCCGUGACCAGGUACGCGCGUUCUCCGGCUCCGUAAUGGGCCUGCACCUUGGUGCGUCUGAAUCGAUCGGGCUGGGUCCAGAGCAGGAGAUGAGCAUCCUCAACGGUGUGGUCGGCGAGCUCGGGGUGGCGGUCGGCAGGGCCAAGCGGCGGCCGGCUGACCGCGAGCUGGGGAUUGACGGGGGGAGGGAGUAAGUGUCUGUAGCCAUAGAGUACCAG